UUUUUUAAUGGAGAGAUUUUUGAAGGUAACGACAGUUAGCCAUCAAAAUGAUAAAAUGCACCUUUACUGAAAGUUAAAUUAGUUCAAGUUUCUUUACUUUUAUUUUUAAUCUCGAUGGCAUCGUAUUUUUCGCUUACUUCUGACGUCACAUCCCCAAUAUUGAUCAAAGAGGUUUUUUUGGAACUCUCACCGAGUUCAUUCAAUUUUCUAUUUCAACAUACCCCUAGUCAUCAUAUAUUGCACUUUCAGUUCCUCAGAUAUAUUUUUACGAGGCCUAGAAAAAAAGUAUUUUGCAUAUCAAAAAAAGAGCUUUUCUUGUGCAGCAAACUGACACAACUGCAUAUCUUAUUGCGGAGAGCUGCUAGUUUAUCAUGGUUGAUAAAUACGGUACAUAACACUUAAAUAUAACGAGAAAGAAAAGAACUUUCUGUCUUGUCUUGCACGAUAAGUGAAAUAUCAAAAUAUCGUUUUUAGCUCCAAUAGCUAUAACAAUUGGCCGGGGAUUUGGUGAGCAUUAUAGUGUUUUGAUUCCGUUCAUCAAAAUGUUUUUUUUUAAGUUUUUAAAACUGGCAAACUCUUCAGAUGAGCAACCAAGUUCGAUGGGCCAGACAAAGUGUCAAAUGCUUCUUAAUCCCAGUCUUGUAUUACCGAAGAAUAUGAAAAAUUAAUCAAAAUGCCCUGAAUUGCGAGUAUCAGCAGUGAUUGACAAUGUUCACAUAUUGUCUAAGAACCAAAAAUCAAUAUACAACACAGCUUGAUGCAAUAGUACAGAAAAAGAAAUCACGAAAGUCUUCGUAUGAAAUCCCUUCAAUUUCGAAAUUGAAUGUUUUUCUCUUUUCUCCUUAGUGGAUAAAUCGUGCCCGUGUUGAAAAACGCGCAUACAAAAGCCUUCAAUACUAUACAGUCUAAGCUAGGCGUAUACACACAUGUGACUGUACGAAGUCCGCUCACUCCUCAGGACACCCUUUUGAAUAGCCGAUGAGAUAUGCUAGACCAAUUCCGCGGUUCCUAAAAAAUGCGCAGCGACUUCAAGCCUCGUGGAGUAUCAGCAAACGGAAGCCGUUCCUCGUACUGUCACCCAAAGUAAAGAUGAAACCAGACACAGUCACCUUUCCACUAUCCUUUGAUGUAAUCAACACCAACUACACUGGACAUUAUUUGACAGACCUGUUUCUCCAAACGCCUUCGAGACCUUCAGCCAAGCAAUACAACGUGAAGCGAUGUCUUCGUCGAUGAACGCGAUCACCAUUGGAAGUCUGAUAAAGAAAGACCUGACAGAGGCCUAUUUUCUUCCACAGAAGCCGUCCUCUUAUAUAGAAGAAUACAAAUUCUUCAACUCGACCAAAUACCGAAUUUUCGAUUAUCCAACGUCUUCAGCAACAUUUCGCCGGCUUGUAUCACCAUGUUACCACCUUGCUGCUGCUGGCGAUGAAAUUCCGGUCUUGAUGGAGCGCGGACCAGAAUUAUUCUUAAAGCAGCACUGGAAGCUAUGGCUCCCUGCUUAUCCUACUGUGAUUGUAAAAUCCCCGGAAGAAGGAUUACAUGAUGACGUUCCUAUCGUGACAAGAGCGGCGCUGGAAGCCAUCCCUGAAGACAAGCACUUUAUACAUCCAGAUAUUCUGUACGAACUUCAACUGAAGAGUUCUCUACUGGAUGUCAAGGCACCCACUCCGAGACACAUGGAUGAAAACCAUCUAACCUUUCCUUGCUUGCUGAAAAUUGACAUGAGCAGCGGUGGACGGGGAAAUAGGCUUGUAAAGAACCAAAUUGAACUGGCUGCUACUUUAAGGAACAUUAGAGAAGACUGUGGUUGGCACGGAGACGUAUUGUACCAAGAGGUCAUCCCACGGAUCAAAGAAGUGCCCAGCUUUCAGUUUUACCUGCACAAAUCAGGCGAAUUAUACUGGUUGGGGACCACAAUAGGUGGAUUCGAAGGCUUUGGCUGGACAGGAGCCGUAGUGGACUGGGACAAACACGAAGAAUAUGAGAAGCUAGUCUACGAAGAGUUUACCGUUCCGAUUAAGAACUACCUCCAAAAGCAUGGCUACUUUGGCCUGGUCACGUUUGAAGUUAUCAUCACUGAUCAGGGAAAGUACUUGGUCGAUUUAAACCCAAGAAUCGGUAGCGACACGACUCAUUUACUGCUAGCUAAGUACAUGGCCUUAGAUUUCGAUCUAAAGCACUCGGCAAUUUUUUCGUACAACAAGCACGAGCUGUCACCCAAAGAGGUCAUUGCGAGAGCAAACGCGAUCAACAAUAAAGGGAAGGGCCUCGUCGUAGUUUUGAGUGCAGCUGACGACGAAAAAGGAUGCGAGUCACACUUCUCAAUUUUUGCAAACACGCCAGACGAAGUUCGCAAUCUUUACUACCAAUUCAACAACAACGAAGCAAUGGUAUGAGGCCUUUAAUCCGCUCCGUAAAUUCUCUCUUACAGUAAAAACGAUUGAUAAAAGAACUUGAAUAGGAAGGAGAAGGAAAUAAAGAGACAACAUAUGCUUUGAAAAACCAACUCCAUUCAUUUGUAACUUGUUAUAUCGUUCAGAAAUGGGCCACGAUGCAAAUCACUGUGUUUACUGAGAUUGGUUUUGUUUGGAAACAAUUCACUUUAUGCGUCAGGAAUAUAGAUUGAACAAUCACUUCCUCUGACAAGGAUUCUAGUUCUCUCUGCUACUUAUUAACAAUCGUGUCGAAUAUCUCUAAAUCCAUAAGCCACAUAGUCAGAUCUUUCGUAGCAAAAAUGUCCCUUUAACCCAAAUUCGUUGUUCGUUCACGACUUUGAAGACUAGUAAGAAUUAUAACCUUAUUGAAAAAGUGAGGUGAAGAAUUCACGAUAUUGGAAAAUAUUGAUAAAUAUACAACUUUUAACGUCUUUGUUAAGAGUGGUACUUCGUUAAUAAGAUAAUUGUUCGCUAGGAUGCAUGACAAUAUUCACAGAUUUUUUUGCUGCCAGUAAAGAAUGCAAGCAAUUGUUCCCUUGACAUGCGACAAAAAUGAAAAUUUACAACUUGGGAAUUGGUCAAUAUCCAACUCAAACUACUUUUUGAGGCUUAGACUUCUGGAGUAAUAUCUGUCAUGCAAAGGAUCAAAAUCCUUUUUGCUUUUCAUCAUUACCACGAGGCAACUUUCUCUGCCGUCUUUUUUAAUGUCGCUUGAGAUAUGAUAAUAAACAAAGUAGGACGAA